UUAGAGUAGCAUUUUUGUUACAUAAAGAUACGCAUACAAAAGAUAAGCUAUCUAGACAAGACACACCACAAACUCUAACCUAAUGAAGAUGCUUACUCUCUGUUUAACCACUCUCACCGUUCUCUCAGCCGUCUUGGCCGCAGCUUCUGCCGCCAAUGCUCUACCAGGCAAAGCAGUCGUAGACAUAGCAGGACAUCCAGUUCAGUCCAAUGUCCAAUACUACAUAAUACCGGCUAAGAUCGGAGCCGGAAGUGGUCUUAUCCCUUCAAGCCGAAAUGUAAACACACAAGACUCGUGUUUGAAUCUUGACAUCGUACAGUCAUCAUCUCCUUUCUUCUCAGGCCUUCCAGUAACUUUCUCUCCGCUCAACACCAAAGCCAAGGAUGUCCAGCUCUCAGCUAGCCUCAGCCUCGAGUUUGAUUCCACGGUUUGGUUAUGCCCUGAAUCUAAAGUGUGGAGAAUCGACCACUCUGUGCAACUCAGGAAGAGCUUUGUGAGCAUUGGUGGUGAGAAAGGUAAAGGGAAUAGUUUGUUUCAGAUUCAAGAAGAUGGAGAUGCUUACAAGCUUAUGUAUUGUCCGGUUAUCUCCUCUGUUUCGUGUAUCGACGUGGGUCUAGAGAUCGAUGAUCUUGGUGUGCGACGUUUGGUUCUUAGCAAUGAUAAAUCUUUUGCUGUGAAGUUUCAAAGGGCUUAUGAUGAUUCAAACUCCAACUGUCAUCUCAGGCCUCGUUGGAGGAUGUUCCCUUUGUUCUAAAAUGUGAAAUAAUUGUAUCUUGUAUUAUGGUUGGAGAAUGCUUGUGAUCAUACCAAAGUUGUGAUGUAACCAACGGUUUAUAUGAAAUAAGACAUGGUUAUUGUAUGUAUGUUAAAAGAA